GUUCUAACGUUGCACAUAAGAUUUUAACACUUAUAUUACAUUAUAUUAUGUUUGCAAGUAGCUUGACCAUCAAAAUAUCAUAUUACUAUUGGAUUUGAAAGUGUAUAUCCAAAGUUCUUCUAUUUAAUUCGUUCAUUCUGAAAUUGGUAUUGGAAAUAUGAACUCUGUGGUGGAAAUAGAACUAAAGAUUUCUGUAAAGUGACUACAUAUUGUUCAGCUGUGUUCGUUUACUAUCGAGUGUAAUAGAUUGUAUUGUGAUUUAUUUUAAUACUGGAUCUAUUGACAUCAUCAAACCUGACCCAAUUACCGCUGUGUGAUAUACUAUGUCUGAGGAACAAACUCCAAGAUUAACGGACUCUCCGCGCAAGAGAACUCAUUUGCAAGUAACACGGAAACUAAGCCGAGGCGGCGAUGACUCAGUUGACGCUGAUGAAUACGCACGUGAAUAUUACAAUUUUCAAGAUCGUCGGGGUUCAAGUCAGUCAAUAUCGCGGUACAAUUCAUGUCCGCAACUUGCUGAGGGAGACUCGGAACAUACUGAAAGCUAUGAGCGCACUGUGGAUGAUAUAAAUACGAACACAAGUGCCCUGAACCGUGAAAUGCACUGUGUAAUAAUCCAAGGACCUUCUCCGCUGUUUCUUAGGAAGGGACUGCGUGAGAAUGGUCCAGUGUCGGACACGCCAACGCCCCCUUCUACACCAAAGAGCCGCAAGAGCGUCGUCUCGUCGCGUGAUUCUCUUCUGUCUUCAUCCGAUAAAAUAUGUGUUACGUCGCCAAUUGCUUCUCCACGCUUGUUACUAAGGAAACAGCUUAUCCAAAGUGCAUUAAGCAGAGAUUCGUCGGUUGACAGUUUAAAAGACCUUUCCCCUGUUGAUAAUCAAAAGAAAAUUCCGCUGAGUGUUGAAAAUCUUUCUAAGUUUGACGAAAUAAAAACCGGCGACGAACCCAUAAAUACAAUAGUAGGACAAACGGUUCGAAUUGGGAGUGUUCGUUCCCGAAAGAUGUCUCAAACAAUUGAAGCUGCGGAGUCGUUGAGCAAAUGUGAAAAUUGGUUGCAAACGCUAAAUAUUGCUCAGACGGACAAAGUCAAGUCAAGAAGCCAUAUACAACUCCCACCAAUAUAGCGACAAUAACUAAUUCAAUGACAUUACUGGUAAUCAACGUUGUUUCAUUUAUCUUAAUAUAUAGAGACCACUUUGCUCGUUUAUUUUGAAGCUCAUUUGAACAUUGCUUGUACUUUUCGUUAAAGUUACAACAUAUUUUUCCUUGAGAAUUUAUCAAUUUUAUUUGUUAAGAAAUGACCACUUCACUUUCAAUUAGUUGGUUAUACUGAUCUUAAAUCUUUUAAAUGCGAGUUGUAUUUAUUUCUGUUGUAUUUUAUUUUGUAACCUCAUACAAGUAAAAACUGUGGACACGUGUGUGAUUGAAUAAUAUUUUUUAUUAUUUCAAGCGUAAAAAAGUAAUCACAUAUAUUAUAAUUGUUCUUAAAAUGUAUAUUUACUUUUUUUUAAAUCCUGUUGCUGUUCAUUUUCCAAGUAACGAUGAAUCAAAGGCAUUGAUUAAAGAACAACUUAAA